AUGCAGCACGAAUUAGCAAGGAUAAAAAAAUUGGAAGGUGGUGAUAAUUGGAAUCUCUGGAAAUUCCAAGUUACAAUUUUGUCAAAGUCUUGUAAUAGCUGGGAUGUUGUAAAUGGUAAAGCGGCACUAGAAGCUUUGGAUGCAAGCGCAGAAGCCAGAAGAGAAUAUGAGAAGAACAAAGCCGCAUGGUGCAAGGCAAAUGCUAUCGCACAGAAGAUAAUUGCUACUACAAUUUCUGAACAGGGUAUGAUGCAUAUCAUUAAUUGUGAUAAUUCAAAAAGCAUGUGGGAUAAACUUGUUGCGGUUUACAAAAGAAGAUCGAAAACUAGGAUACAUGCUUUACAGCAACAAUGGUAUACGAUCACUAAACGUUCAGAGGAUGAUAUAGCAACACACGUAUCGAAGCUGGAGGAUAUAGCACACAGACUGAACCUCAUGAGUACGAGUAUAUCUGAUAAGAUGUUGAUGACAAAGAUUCUUUUAACUUAUCCAGAAGGCUUUGACCAUUUCAUGAGUGCUUGGGAAUCUACACCAGAAGACCAACGCACAAAGGAAAAUCUAAUAUCGAGAUUAUCAAUAGAGGAAAUGCGUCUGAAUCAGAGGGAAAAAAGCAACAAAAACGCUUUAAUGUCGGGUCUUUACUCAAAACGUCACUGUCAAAACAACAAAUAUGGCAAAAAGAAUCUGCAAAAUCAAAAUAAGCAGUAUAAAAGUAACUGCAAACCUGGGAAAUGCCAUAAGUGUGGGAGACCCGGACAUAGGGCAAGAGAAUGUCGCUCCAUAAUACAACUACGUCAAAAGGUCAGGUAG